GCAGGAGCAGGAGACUGGAGAGGAUCCGGACCCCGCGUCUCAGCCUCUGGGGUCCCAGCGCGCUGGAAAGCCCCAGCCGGACGCUGAGUCCACCAAAGUGCUUGCCUGUCCCGGAGCGCUCUGGGCGCGCCAGACUUCCCGAGAAAACUUGGCGCCAGAGUGCCUGAGCGCCCCGCGCUCGUCUGGGCACCCCGGGAACACGGGGCCCAGGAGGGGGUCGGCCUCCCCUUUGGGGCCGCGUCUUACUGGGCUCCGGGUCCCCGCUCGUCCCCCCAGCUGGUGAAGGCUUGAAGGAAGGAAAGAAACGGGUAGAUUCUUCUUGAUCGGGGAAAAAAUAUCUGGGCAGUGGCUCCCGGGCUUUCCCUCCCCCCCUCGCCCUCCCCAGCCUUCCCAGCAGAUUUUGUCCGAGGAAUCCGCUCCCCCUCCCGGAAUCUCCGCGGCAGGAACGCUGCCCAGGAGGGGGAGGGCGGGCGGAGAGGCCGAGGAAUCUUCGACGUGUCACUUUCUGAGGCUGUAGAUUUCCAUAUGGUAGAGGGAGGAGGGCGGGCGUGCAAAGAGGGGCUAGAAGUUGGGGCCGCCUCUCUGCGCCAGGCGGGGCGGGCCAGGACCUCCGACCCUUGGAUGCACACAGGGAGGGUCCCGAGCCCGCACCGGCCCCCCGCCCAGGCCAGGCCUCCCCGGGACACUCCCCGCCUAGCCGCUGGCCACCUCAGUGCGCGCCACGUCCUCCCUCCCCGUCCUGCCCCCCGGGCUCCCCCCGGGCUGGGGGCGGUAACCGGCGGCCGCGGCUGGACUCGGCGAGCCUAGAGGCUGGAAGCUCGGGCGGGGGAGUAGGGCACGGCGGGAAGGAGCGGGCGACCCGGUGUGUGGGCCAGCGUAGCUCCGGAAGCCAGUUGAGGGAAAUUCUCCAUGAAUGUACGUCACAAUGAUGAUGACCGACCAAAUCCCUCUGGAACUGCCGCCGUUGCUGAAUGGAGAGGUAGCCAUGAUGCCUCACCUGGUGAAUGGAGAUGCAGCUCAGCAGGUUAUUCUCGUUCAAGUUAAUCCAGGUGAGACUUUUACAAUAAGAGCGGAGGAUGGAACACUGCAGUGUAUCCAAGGGCCUGCUGAAGUUCCCAUGAUGUCACCCAAUGGAUCCAUUCCUCCCAUCCAUGUGCCUCCAGGUUAUAUUUCACAGGUGAUUGAAGACAAUACUGGAGUCCGCCGGGUGGUGGUCACACCCCAGUCUCCUGAGUGUUACCCCCCAAGCUACCCCUCGGCCAUGUCUCCAACCCAUCACCUACCCCCCUACCUGACUCACCACCCGCAUUUUAUUCAUAACUCACACACAGCUUACUACCCGCCUGUUACUGGACCUGGAGAUAUGCCACCUCAGUUUUUUCCUCAGCAUCAUCUUCCCCCUACAAUAUAUGGCGAGCAAGAAAUUAUACCACUCUAUGGAAUGUCGAGUUAUAUCACCCGAGAAGACCAGUACAGCAAGCCUCCGCACAAAAAACUGAAAGACCGCCAGAUUGACCGCCAGAAUCGCCUCAACAGCCCUCCUUCUUCCAUCUACAAGAGCAACUGCACAACCGUGUACAAUGGCUAUGGGAAGGGCCACAGUGGUGGUGGCGGAGGCGGCGGGGGAGGCGGCAGUGGCGGUGGGCCAGGCAUUAAGAAAACAGAGCGGCGAGCAAGAAGCAGUCCAAAGUCAAAUGAUGCAGACUUGCAAGAGUAUGAGUUGGAAGUAAAGAGGGUACAAGACAUUCUUUCGGGAAUAGAGAAACCACAGGUUUCUAAUAUUCAGGCAAGAACAGUUGUAUUGUCCUGGGCUCCCCCUGUUGGACUUUCAUGUGGACCCCACAGUGGUCUUUCCUUCCCCUACAGUUACGAGGUUGCCUUGUCAGACAAAGGACGAGAUGGAAAAUACAAGAUAAUUUACAGUGGAGAAGAAUUGGAAUGUAACCUGAAAGAUCUUAGACCAGCAACGGAUUAUCAUGUGAGGGUGUACGCAAUGUACAAUUCCGUAAAGGGAUCCUGCUCUGAGCCGGUUAGCUUCACCACCCACAGCUGUGCACCCGAGUGUCCCUUCCCACCAAAGCUGGCACACAGGAGCAAAAGUUCACUAACCUUGCAGUGGAAGGCACCAAUUGACAACGGUUCAAAAAUCACCAACUACCUUUUAGAAUGGGAUGAGGGAAAAAGAAACAGUGGUUUCAGACAGUGCUUCUUUGGGAGCCAAAAGCACUGCAAGUUGACAAAACUGUGUCCAGCAAUGGGGUACACGUUCAGGCUGGCUGCUCGGAAUGACAUUGGCACCAGUGGGUACAGCCAAGAGGUGGUGUGCUACACGUUAGGAAACAUUCCUCAGAUGCCCUCUGCACCAAGACUUGUUCGAGCUGGAGUCACCUGGGUCACGUUGCAGUGGAAUAAACCAGAAGGCUGUUCACCUGAGGAAGUUGUCACCUACACCUUGGAAAUCCAGGAGGAUGAAAAUGAUAACCUUUUCCACCCGAAAUACACUGGAGAGGACUUAACCUGUACUGUGAAAAAUCUCAAAAGAAGCACACAGUAUAAAUUCAGGCUGACUGCUUCUAAUAUGGAAGGGAAAAGCUGCCCAAGUGAAGUUUUGGUUUGUACAACGAGUCCUGACAGGCCUGGACCUCCUACAAGACCCCUCAUUAAAGGACCAGUUACAUCUCAUGGCUUUAGUGUCAAAUGGGAUCCUCCAAAGGACAAUGGUGGCUCAGAAAUACUGAAGUACUUGCUGGAGAUUACUGAUGGAAAUUCUGAAGCGAGUCAGUGGGAAGUGGCGUACAGUGGAUCGGCUACAGAGUACACCUUCACCCACCUGAAACCAGGCACUUUGUACAAACUCCGAGCAUGCUGCAUAAGCACUGGUGGACACAGUCAGUGUUCUGAAAGUCUCCCUGUUCGCACACUAAGCAUUGCACCAGGUCAGUGUCGACCACCGAGGGUAUUGGGUAGACCAAAGCACAAAGAAGUCCACUUAGAGUGGGAUGUUCCUGCCUCUGAAAGUGGCUGUGAGGUGUCAGAGUACAGUGUGGAGAUGACAGAACCCGAGGAUGUGGCUUCGGAGGUGUACCAUGGGCCUGAGCUCCAGUGCACAGUUGGCAGCCUGCUUCCUGGAACUGUGUACCGCUUUCGGGUGAGGGCUCUGAAUGACGGAGGGUAUGGUCCCUAUUCUGAUGUCUCAGAAAUUACCACUGCUGCAGGGCCUCCUGGACAGUGCAAAGCACCUUGUAUCUCCUUUACGCCCGAUGGCUGUAUCCUGGUGAGCUGGGAGAGUCCUGAAAGCUCUGGUGCCGACAUCUCAGAGUAUAGGUUGGAAUGGGGAGAAGAUGAGGAAUCCUUAGAACUCAUUUAUCAUGGGACAGACACUGGCUUUGAAAUGAGGGAUCUGCUGCCUGCUGCGCAGUACUGCUGUAGACUACAGGCUGUUAAUCAAGCUGGAGCAGGACCGUACAGCGAGCUUGUCCUUUGCCAGACACCAGCAUCUGCCCCUGACCCUGUCUCCACUCUCUGUGUCCUGGAGGAGGAGACCCUCAAUGCCUAUCCUGAUUCGCCUUCUGUGUGCCUUGUACUGAACUGGGAAGAGCCGUGCAAUAAUGGAUCUGAAAUCCUUGCUUACAAUAUUGAUCUUGGAGACACUAGUGUCACUGUGGGCAAUACCACCACCCACAUUAUGAAAGAUCUCCUUCCAGAAACCACCUACCGGAUCAGAAUUCAGGCCAUAAAUGAAAUUGGAGCUGGACCAUUUAGUCAGUUUAUUAAAGCAAAAACUCGGCCGUUACCACCUUUGCCUCCUAGGCUCGAAUGUGCCGCUGCCGGGCCUCAGAGCCUGAAGCUGAAAUGGGGAGACAGUAACGCCAAGACACAUGCUGCCGAUGACAUGGUGUACACACUGCAGCUGGAGGACAGGAACAAGAGGUUUAUUUCAAUCUACAGAGGGCCUAGCCACACCUACAAGGUCCAGAGACUGACGGAAUUCACGUGCUACUCCUUCAGAAUCCAGGCAGCGAGCGAGGCUGGGGAAGGGCCCUUCUCAGAAACCUACACCUUCAGCACAACCAAGAGUGUCCCCCCCACCAUCAAAGCACCUCGAGUGACACAGUUAGAAGGAAAUUCAUGUGAAAUUUUGUGGGAGACGGUACCACCAAUGAAAGGCGACCCUGUCAGCUACAUUCUACAGGUUUUGGUUGGAAGAGAAUCUGAGUACAAACAGGUGUACAAGGGAGAAGAAGCCACAUUCCAAAUCUCAGGCCUCCAGACCAACACAGACUAUAGGUUCCGCGUGUGUGCAUGUCGUCGCUGUUUAGACACCUCUCAGGAGCUAAGCGGAGCCUUCAGCCCCUCUGCGGCUUUUGUACUACAACGAAGGGAGGUCAUGCCUACUGGGGACAUGGGGAGCUUAGAUGACCCCAAAAUGAAGAGCAUGAUGCCUACUGAUGAACAGUUUGCAGCCCUCAUUGUGGUCGGCUUUGCAACUUUGUCCAUUUUAUUUGCCUUUAUAUUACAGUACUUCUUAAUGAAGUAAACAAACCCAACAAAACUAGAGGUAUGAACUUAAUGCUACACAUUUUAAUACACACAUUUAUUCAGAUACUCCCUUUUUUUAAGCCCUUUUGUUCUUUGAUUUAUAUACUUGUUUUACAGAUUUAGCUAGGAAAAAAAAUAUCAGUGUUUUGGUGCACCUUUUUGAAAUGCAAAAACUAGGAAGAGGUUAAACUGGAUUUUUUUUUUUUAAAAAAAAAGAAAAAAAAGAAGAAAAGAAAAGCAAACCAGAUACCAAAAGCUAGCUUACUCUUUCUUUAAAAUUUUCAGAUUUGCCUUUAACCUGUUUUCACUGAUGUCUUUUGCAAGCCUUUGAUUUUUUUUUCCAUGUUACAGCUUAGUGAUUUAUAUUUACCAGUCACUUCUUAUGUCUUGAGCAUCUGUAUCUGUGAACAUGAAUCACAGUGUGUGUAGUUACAGGGCUAGGAUUUCAGUGUUGCCAUAGUAUUACCACACAAAAACAACCACAUAGAGGAUGUGUUCACUCAGAUAAGGCUGCCCUAAACAACCAUUUUGUCACUCAGUUAUUUAACUGUGUUUAGCUCAUUGAAAUCAAAAUGUGUACUUUAAUCUGAAAUGUUUUAAUAAUCUCUAUUUCUUAUGAUUUUAACACUAUGAGCUGCCUGUCUCAGAAAUCAAGUAACCAAAAUGCACCUCUAAAUUAUGGAGCAUUGUAGAUUUUACCACGUCAAUUCAUAGCAGUAACUUUAUGAGGGCAUUGUGCAAUAGUUAGUUGUUUCCUUGUUCAGCUAUUUUAAAAGCUGCUUUAACUUGUUUGUUUGUCUUUGUAUAUAACUACUUCUAAUCUAAUCACUAGAGUUAUUAUAUUCUGUUAUGUUUGACCAGAAUUGUAUGACGAGAACUGGUGACAGUUUAGUGCCUCUGCCCAUUGUCCAUGAUUUACACUAAUCGUGAGCAAUCUUCUUACACGUCAGCUCAUUAUUUUUGAAAGAUUUGCCUUCUUCAGGCUGUUCUUUGAGGUAUCAAUGAAGUGAAUGAAUUUCAAUACCUAAAUUCAGUGCACAUAAUACUAAUCUAACAGCAGACAAAAACUGAUGAAACCUAAAAGAGUCAUCUAAAUUUGUAGUUCUUAUUUUUGUGGGGUUGACCUGGCCAUGUGUGGAGAGGGAAUGGUGUUUGGUGGUAAUUAAGCACAGGGUGUUUGGGGGUCAAGGAGCCGAGAUUCUCUCCCUGAAUCUGUCACUAACUUGCUGCGUGACCUGGACACGUCACUUUACCUCUCUGUGCCUCAGUUUUCCCAUGCAUUAAAAAUAAAAAAAUAAAAUGGGGAUUCUAAUGUUUGUAAGUGCUUUGAGAUCCUUGAUCAACAGGUGCUAUUGGAGUGCAAAGUGUUAUCCUUGCAUGUUUGAGUCAUGAGAUAAUCAGUUUUAACCCAAAGUCAUUGGAUUAUUUAUAUGAAGUCCAUAAUGUUCGCGUACCUCAGGGACAUUUAAGAGUUGGAGGUGCAAAUAUAUUCCAAAAGGGUGCAACAGACACAGUGUAUCCCCCUGCUUCAGUUUUUGUAUAUUUUUGCUACUUGGUUUUUCUUGAUCAUAGCUAUUUUGUGCUUGGUCUAUGUUGUCUUAAAAUGCAGUAUCCUGUACUAGCUUAUAAUAUUCCCAUACCAAAGUCAUGGGGAAACCAACAAUAUUUUGUUUUUGGUUUAUUUAUACUAUAUUCUGCAUACAGUACUUUAAAUGCCAAUUACAGUGCAAUCUUUAUUUAUUGUAAAAUUUUUAAAAUGUACUUAUGUACUAAUUUUCCCUUGUAGCAUGUUAUUUUUUUUUGUGUUUUAUACUUUUGUAAUUUUAGGUCAGUCUUGUUCCUUGGUAACAUCUGUAGUAGUAUCAUUCUUCUGACAUUUUCUUGUGUUUUUAAAGAUAAAGAGCAUCUAGUGCAUUAAAUGCCAAAAAAAAAAAAAUCCAUUAUCAGUGAUUGAAACGUUUACAUGAACCCCCCAAAAAAAUCAUCUCUUGAGAGAAAGUGCUAAGAUCAAUGAUUAUUCUGUGUGCCUACAUUGAUGUAGUACUAGAAAAUUCUGUAUUUUCGUCAUUGACUAUAUUAGUUGAAUUAGCCUUGCAAACUGAUGGCAUCAAGGUAAACAUAUAUUUGCCAAAGUUCUGGCCUUCCAAAACUCAUUCCUCUCAAUGUAUAAAAUGACCCAGUGUAACAUUGCAUCUGCAUUUUCUGAAACAAUUUCAUGCAGGUGUUUUGGGGAGAUGGCAUUUUUUUAAGCAAUGAAGAUUCAACUGAGUACAAGAACCCCGUUUGCAGGAGGAAAAAAAAGCCCCUUUUUGGAAACAUUUCAGAACUGCUGCUAUCAAGAAAUUCUCUGAAUUGGUUGAAAUUUUUUAAUGAAAUAUUUUAGACCAAAACCGCUAUGAAUAUUUUGAUCUUUUUGAGAUGUUCGUACUAUCUGCUUUGCCCCUGGAAAGCUGAAGUGUGUGAAACACUAGCUGAUGGCACUUUAUUUUAUUGCUCUCCAAUAUUCAGUGGUAUUCAUUAUAAUUUUCUUCAGUCAAAAAAAUGGUUCCUCUAUCUGGCUCUGUUUUCUAUCACAAAUAUGUAUAUGUGAUACUGAUAUAGAACUAUAUAUAUAUUGCCAUUACACACGAACAAUAAAAUAAAGUGUUAUGUUAACCUUCUCUCUUUGCCCUUUUGCAGUAUGUAGAAACGAGUGAAUGGCUUUCUGAUGCUCUGUAUGUCAGACUCCUCCCUGGCACAAGAAAUUCCAGUCAUGUGAAGCAAAAUGCUCUUUGUCAUCAAAUUGUUUAAAAAGAAAACUUUUUAAAAAAAUUUUUGCAUAUUAGCUGCCUUGUUCUUAUCAACUUGAAACGUUGGCGUUUUCUAACCAUGUUUUGUUGGCUACAGUAAUUCAGUAUUCCUGUCAAAAUUGAAAAGUGCCCUAAUUGAAUGUGUUUGAAUGUUAUCCUUGCACAAUUCUUUAAAUUGAAAGACAAAAUGUUUUACCUCACUGUUGGACAUACAUUCCAAACUUUUCAACUUUAGGAGAAAAAAAAAAAUAAUCAUACGUUUUCCUGUAUUGUAAAUUUUAGACUAUUUCAUAUACAUUGUAUUAAAACUGCCAUAUCAAUUUUAAUGUAUAGAUUUUGCAAAUACUAUGCUAUAUGUAAUACCUAACUGUAUCUGUAGUGUAUAUGUAAUAUAUUUAUGCCCAAUAAAUGUUUUAAAUCUUUCUGA